AUGUAUUUCUUUGCAACUCCCAUGGAGGUGUCUAAUGGUAAUGCUGAAGUGGAUGGAACUGAAGUUGCAAAGGGAGGAAUGAAGUACGAAGUGAUCAUAGCCGAGGCUGGAUCUCCAGCUCCCAGAGUCUUGCAAGAGCUUUUGAGUCCAAAGCAUGACAUCUCUCUUGAGGACAUCGAACGGAAGCUCCAGCGGGCAGAAGAACGAAGGAAUAGCCUCUUGGCUGAGAAGGAAGCUGCCAUUCAAGCCAAGUGGAGUCAUAUCCAAGAAGCAAGUGAAAAGCGUGCAGAGAGUGAGGCCAAGUUUAUCGAGUCCACAAAGACCCAGUUGGAGCAGAAGAUGGAGAGUGUUGAGACCAACCGUGCCAGUCUCAUCACCAGCAUCAAGGCCAAAGUCAAGGAGGAAGUAGGUGUUAAUGCGGAUUACAUGAAGUUCUGGGCGAUCUGCUCAGACCAAGAAAAGGACGUGCUGAUGCAGGACAGGCUCCAUGCUACACAGCUGAAUUCCACAUCAUUGAAGAGACAGAAGAAGAGUACAGGUUGA